AUGAGCUCGAAUUGGUUCAAAGGUUUCAAGUCGAUGCUCAAAGACGCCACGGCUUUGGAAAAAGAGUUGCAAAUAUUAAGCCUCCUUUCCUCCCAUGGGAACCCGAAUCUCGUCGGGUUUCACGGGAAUGCCUGGCACUUUUCCAACUUUACGCAUCACGUUGGAAUCGUCCUGCAAUAUUGUGCUGGGGGAAUGGUGACACAUUAUUUAGACGAAAUCCGCUACCAGGACAGCUUCCCGUCGAAUGUGAAGCCCCAAAUGUUCAAAACCCUGGACAAGUGGAGUAUCCAAAUUGUGAAUGCGAUGAAAUACUUGGAAUCGAGAAAUAUUAUCCAUGGCGAUCUCGCAGCCCGAAAUGUGCUCUUGGACGGACACCAAAACGCAAAACUGGCCGAUUUUGGAAUGUCUCCCAAAUUAUAUCAGUACCAGGAAUACGCUCUUCCAGGCCAAUCGCGCGGUUAUAAUAUUGUGAGUUUUGAAGCCCAACUUAUUGGCUUUGAUUUUGCAAAGCGAUCCUACUACAACUACCACAGUAACUACAACCACACCAACUACAACCACACCAACCACAACGACACCAACUACUACUACGCCAACUACAACCACACCAACUACAACCACACCAACUACCACCGCACCAACUACCACUAG